ACAUUUAAUGAGUCGGAAGGACCAAUUUCCUUCCUUUUCCUUUUUUUUUGCCCUUUCCGCGUACGUUUUCUUUUAGAACACUCAAAAUUUUGCUUUUCUUGCAUUACUUCUUCCGCAAAAUAGCGGCAUCGUCUCCCAAUACCAAUUCAUCAAUAAUACGCAAUCAAAUUUACACACACGCAAACACACCGUUACAAUCAUCAUUUUCUCUCGCGCCCUUUUUAUCUUUUCAUUGUUUACUGUUUCGUGCGGUUUUCGUCUUCCUCGAAUUGGCCCAACAACCAUUUCUAGGGUUUCGUACAACUCUUUGGAUUGGACCAAAUGGAUUGGGGCACCGUGACCACAGAAGAUCUUGUCGAAGCUCUCCGUGAAGUGGACUGGUCGUCGCCUCCUCGCCCUCUCUCGGAAUUCUUCUCCAGAUUCACCGUCCCGAGAUCCUUCUCCAAAUGGAACAGUCGUCUCAAGUGUAAUCUUUACUACUAUCGAACAAACUAUUUUAUGAUGAUUAUAUUCAUUCUUGGAUUGGGAUUAUUUAGGAGGCCAUUGGCUAUUGUUGCUGCAGCAUUGACAGCUCUCAGCAUUGCUUGUCUAAACGAUAGCUUUGCAGGUACGUUUAGUGAAAAGGUAACAAGAACAGUGAGGCAGUUUUCUCCACAUUUAGCUGCAAAGAUGAGGCCUCCUCUUACACCUGUUAUUCGUGGGCGCCCAUCAGCUAAAAGAACGAUUUAUAUAUGUGGAAGGCCUCGCUGGGUGUUUGUCUUGAUAUUUUCUUCUUUGAGCUUCAUCCUUUGGAUCGUUUCUUGUGGCCUCUUAACUGUCCUAUGGGCAUUUUCCUUUGGCCUUCUUGCCACUAUGAUCCAUGCAAGCUUUAGAACACCUAACUUGAAAGCGCGUCUAAACACAUUCCGUGAAGAAUUUCGUGCAGUUUGGCGCAAUUAUAGUGAGCUGUAGCUCCCAUGGUGUAUUGGAUGCUUUCCUGUUGCUGCUGCAAUGGAAUAAUUUCUUUGGUUGUGACAUUCAAGUCUUAAGAGGAUAGGCUGCCAAACCUUGCACAGAUAGUAAACAUUUGUAAAUUGUUAGUAGCUACUGUUUUUUAGCAACACAAACUUAUCAGAUUAUUAAGAAAAAGAAAAUAUUCCAGAUCUAAUAUGCAAUUAGGUAAAAAAAUUCA